ACGACAUUUUCCCCCAUGCACCAUCAACCAUGCUCAACUCCAGCUGAAUUUCCUCGCCAUGCUGCUCGACAACCAGGUGAGAGCCUCAGAGAGCCACUUCGUCGUAUUGAUGAUGCCAAUGGAAUGCUGGCGAAAGCAGAUGAACCCACUUUGACCUGCCGGCAACAUCCCCGCAAGAAUUGCUGUUAUAAAUUGCAUCGCUGCGCAGACCGCAUAUGAUAGAACUACUGAACAUCCACUGCUCCGCGCACCUGAUGAAACGAUCAUGGCGUUGAUAAAUUCAUCUCAGGCUGGAUGAUCCAAAAAAGAAAAAUGGCAACAAAAAUAGAAGAAUCUCAGCCGCAGAGAGACAUCAGCCUGACAGAGGUCUUUCACAUCGUUCGCGACGAGUUUGCCGCUUACUUUGCUUCCAUCGAGAGCUCGCGUCGGACCUGCAUAGAGACUAUGUGGAAGAAAUUCGUCUCGCGCUGGCGAGCAGCAGAAUCCCAUACGGCAGUACAUGGCAGCAACAGUAACGACCCGCACUACGAAAUCUAUCAGCCCACAAGCAAACACACUCAUACCGUCAUCUUCUUGCAUGGCCGCGAUAGCACAGCAAAGGAAUUCGCGCCCGAGCUCCUCGAGAGCGAAGACUCGUAUAGCCGAACUCUUUCCCAAGCACUACCGAAUGUGAGAUGGGUCUUUCCAACAGCUCCCAUCAUCAACAGCGCCCGCUUCGAACAAAAUAUGAGCCAGUGGUUCGACAUGCAUACAACUGAGGACCCUCAUUACGGAGAACUUGAGCAAAAUCCCACCCAAGCCAUUGAUAUCAUAUAUCAUGUGCUCGCGAAAGAGGCAGUGCUGGUGGGAGGGUUCCACAACAUCAUCUUAGCUGGUAUAUCGCAAGGCGCUGCGGUAGCCAUCCAUGCCCUACUCAAACAGCAGCAUACGCUGGGGGCCUUUCUUGGCCUGAAUACGUGGUUGCCAAAUCCCCCGGCGAUUGCGCAUGCGGGUAAGAAGUGGCCCGAGGCUGUGAAGACGCCAGUGAUGCUGGCGCAUACGAGGGACGAUCCGGUCAUCAAUGUCAAGUAUGGCGAGGAGUUGAAAGCGCACUUGAGGGCAUUGGAUAUGGAUGUGGAGUGGCAUGAUUAUUGGACGAAUGAUGCGAAGACGGCACACUGGAUCCACGAGCCCGAGGGUGUCGAUGAUAUCGUGGCAUUUGUGGAGAGCAUUUGUCAAGGGAGUUAUGCGAUGAAAUGAAUGUUUAUAUGGUUGUAUAUGUACGCCUGCAAUUCCGAGGAACUCGUAAGC